AUGCACAUUUGGCUGAAGAGAGCAUUCUCACAGAAGACACUGCUCAAGAGGCUGCCCAUGCUGUCAUGGCUGCCACACUACUCUACAGAGGAUGCUGUGGGGGAUUUGGUGGCCGGCAUCACCGUUGGACUCACUGUGAUUCCCCAGUCACUCGCCUACGCCAGCAUUGUUGGUCUUCCAGCUCAGUAUGGGUUGUAUGGCUCUUUCAUGGGCUGCAUCCUGUACAUGCUUUUUGGCAGUUGCAAGGAUGUACCCAUGGGCCCUUCUGCUGUCAUCUCUCUGCUGACAUUUCAGUCAGUGCGUGGCUUGGGUCCUGAACAUGCCGUGCUUCUUUGCUUCCUCACCGGAGUCAUCCAGGUCAUUAUGGGGAUCCUGGGUCUCGGUUUCAUUAUUGACUUCAUAUCUGGACCAGUGUCAUCAGGUUUCACAUCAGCAGCUGCUCUCAUGAUUGUAACAUCACAGAUGAAGGAUUUGUUGGGAAUCACAGCAGAGGGCAGUACUUUCAUUGAAGUAUGGGGAAGUCUUUUCAAGAACAUGCAUAACACAAAACUCUAUGAUAGUGUUUUGGGUGUUGUCUGCAUUGUGGUGCUGCUAUUGAUGAGGGUAUUGGCAAAUUUUAAAAUAGGACCAAAAGAUGAUGAAGAGAAGACGACCACCCACAGGAUUCUAAACAAAGCUAUCUGGCUUACUGGGACUUCUCGCAAUGCUAUCCUAGUGGUUGUAUGUGGCAUCAUAGGACAUCAGCUAUCACUCUCAGGGGAUUCACCUCUUAACUUAAUAGGUCCCAUUCCUCCUGGACUUCCAGCUUUCCAGUUACCGCCAUUUACUGUGACAUUAGAAACAGGAAAUUCCACAGUUACAUAUUCAUUUGGUGACAUGUGUUCACACCUUGGAUUUGGAAUUUUUAUUGUACCUCUUGUAGCACUAUUGGAAAAUAUUGCUGUCUGCAAGGCAUUCUCUAAUGGUAAACCUACAGAUGCCACACAAGAACUACUUGCCAUUGGCAUUUCCAAUAUUGGUAACUCUUUUGUCCAGGGCUUCCCAGGAACUGGAGCCCUAGCUCGCAGUGCCGUUAACAAUUCAAGUGGAGUCAGGACAACAUUUGGAGGGCUUUACACAGGACUUUUGGUGAUUUUAUCUCUUCUUUUCUUUGCUGAUUGUUUCUGCUUUAUACCAAAAUCAUGUCUUGCUGCCAUAAUCAUAGCUGCUGUGAUAUUUAUGGUUGAAGUCAAAGUUGUUGUCCCAAUCUGGAAAACAAAGAAAAAUGAUCUGAUCUCUGGAUUUGCAACACUUUUUGCCUGUCUGAUACUGCAACUGGAACUGGGAAUCCUUGUGGGAAUUGGUUUGAAUGUAGUGUUCAUUCUUUACAAUGUUGCACGACCAAAAAUAACGAUUGAGACAAAGAAAACUGCAGAGGGUACUGACUAUCUAGAGCUUACUCCAGAUAGGUGUCUUAUUUUUCCUUCUGUUGAAUAUGUACGCAACUUGGUGGUGAAGCACAGCAUGAGGAAUGAUAUGCCUGUUGUAAUUAAUUGUUCACAUAUAUUUGUGUCAGACUACACUGCAGCCAAGGUGGUUGACCGCCUUACACAUGACUUCAGUAAAAGACAACAGCCACUUUUCUUCUAUAAACUAAAGCCAAGCAUAGUGAAAAUGUUCCAAGGACUACAUCCAACAGAAUUUGUUGAUUAUCAAGAUGAGAAUGAACUGGAGAGUCUUAUCAGAGGCGAUUCCUUACACAUGACUUCAGUAAAAGACAACAGCCACCUUUCUUCCGUAAAUUAAAGCCAAGCAUAGUGAAGAUGUUCUGAGGACUACAUCAAACAGAAUUUGUUGUUUAUCAUGAUGAGAGUCUUAUCACAGCUCACAAAAAGUACAUGGCUGCACAAAAUGGUAUUUAUGAUCUCAGUUUUGUAACUGGAUGACUACCACGAAGAAGCUUAUGAGAAUCCUCAUCAACUUGAAAAUGGUGGU